UAUAUAUAUCAUCACAACAAAAGCCAAAAUAACAACACAGAGGGAUGGUGCAAACAAAGAGAAGGGAAAAGAAAAGACACCAUCAGAAGCACCUCAACUGUCCCCAGUAAUGAGCUUAACCCGAAGGAAAAGUCCAGAACGGAUCUGUCAUCGAGCUCACCCACUCCACCAUGAGAAGGUAACGAGCAUGUUCUCGGAUAAAGACAGUGAAGCUGAUUUCAUCGAUUGGUGUUUGUAGAUGAGGAUAAUUACAGUCCUCGACCAACUUUUUGCAAUCAACUGUGAAUGUAUCCUGCGUGAGUGUGGUCUGAAGAAAACGGGAACAUCGUGUAACAGUGAUGUUUUUAUACUUUUAUGAAGUAAACGUCUUUCACGAAGCUCUAUACUCUUGACUAAUUAAUAAUGAGGCGGUCGUGGAUCACAUCCGAUUGGAAACCUAUUCUAUCAAUUUCUAUGAUGUGCGAGCCGCCUACUUUCCCGGAAGAAUGUCCAAUUUCGUGCCCCCUGCGCUUGUGUAGGUUGAUGGGAGUGCCCCGGACUUCACAAAGACACGGCCGAUCAGCCAAGUUGGGGCUGUGGAUUGAAGUGCAUCUGAUCAGCGCCACGGCCUUGGAUCCGCGACGAGCUUUGGAUCGAAAUCUGUCUAGAUCUCUUAGCAGUGUUUCUCCGUGGAUCAGUGACAAGAGGGGACCAGUUGAUACAUCGCAUCUCAAUUCUGAUGGGCUUUCCUCCCGGAUGAAACGAAACAAUGCCAUUUAUCGACAAACGACGAACACCCAGGGACUGCAUCAUAGCGAGGCUCCUCUCUCUACAUCGUUGGGAAGGGGGCAGGAAAUUUACGGCGAGGCCUAGACGCGGUCGAGCAGGAGUGCGUGUUAGACGCGCGGGGUAUACUAUAC